AUGUGUGUGUGGGGCCACUGCACUGAGACCGACACCACGCAGCGAUGCAAGUUCUGCGGCACCAAAUUCUGCACCGCCUGUGGCCGAGGCGACUUCUUGGGCUCAGCUGACAACUUCGACAAGUGCUACGUCUGCCAGGCUAAGAACAAAUUCAUGGAACAGGUGCCCAACCCCAACACACGGCGCUACACGCCGGAACAUUUGGCGGAGUUGAAAAGAAUCAAGGAGGAGACCAAGGUGAGCAAAGGCAGCAACAAGUCAAAAAAGGCCAACCCAUAA